AAUUCUGUCGUCGUCGCGCUGCGAUUGCGUUUGUUGUGUGCCGACAGCUUAAAAAAAAAUAAAAUAAAAAUAAAUAAAAUAUAUUAGUUUGAAUUAAAGCUGAUUUCACGGCUCAAAACAAAUUUCUAGCCAACGGCAAAAAUUAGACGCGGCUUUGUUUUUUUUAAAUUUUUUCCGCAUUUUGCGUUUUUGUUUUGUUUUAGCGGCGCGUCGCUUGGCGUGUUUCAUUUGUUUUUUUUCUGUUUUUGCUUCAGUAAAUUAUUACUAGGUAAAAGAAAAGCAAACAAGCAAACAUACUGCGAAUUUGUUAUUGCAGUCGCCCCAACAAGUCAAUUAACCAACAAGUGGAGUAACCAGCAGUUAAGCAGCAAAAGUGACACGCAGAAAAAGUGAAGUGCAGAAAAAAGCCCACGCACGCGAGGGUGUUCCCUGUUCCCUGUUCCCGGGUUCCCCGUAUCCCCGGUUUCCCUGAUAAUUAGUGCGCCACGCCACGCCACGCCACACAAAAGUCACGUGACAAAUGGGGGGCAAACGAUAGAGAAAAACGAUCCAUCCACGCAACAGAAGAAGAGUAACUUCCUUCCGGGAAACAGACACCACCGCCAUGUCGCUGCGAAGCAACAAGUUGCAGAGCCAACAGUCGACGGCCAGCAAUGGGAGUGGCAACAGCAGCGGGAGUGGCAGCGGCGGCACGGGACAACAGCUGCAACAUCCCCCGAUGGCCUACCAGCAGCAGCAGCAACAACUGCUCGCCCAGCUGCAGCAGCAGCACAAGUUCCAGGCCCAAGCCCAGGCCCAGGCCCAUGGGAAGUACGGCCCCGCCCCCUCCCAGAUGGGUAGCAACACCAGUCGCAACAAUCUGGCCACACUGGUGGCGGCCAUCAAUGGAUCGCACGAUCCAACGGCCGGGUCGCCGGGCGGCGGAGUCGGCUAUCAACUGUCGCCGGCGGCCGCCUCUCGGGUGGCCCAUGCACCGCCACACUCGCCCCUGGGUCCGCCCUCGUACAGUGCCGCCACCGCCCAGUCGGCAUUCACCUACUACGGCCAGCAUCCGGGAUCCCAGCACCAGAUGCACCACUCCUCGUACCACCCCCAGCAGCAACAACACCAACAGCAGCAGCAGCAGCAGCAGUCGCUGCCACCGCCCGAUCUCACGGAUGGCAUCGAUCACCCCGGAUCCCAUGGAUCUCCGCCGGAUUCGCCCAGUGCCGCAGCAGCGGCGGAUCUCGAGCAGCAGCUGUGCGUCGUGGCCAAGAUGCAAAAGUCGGUGACCAUCACGGUGACGCCGCAGCGUAGCAACUCCAUGGAUUUCCUCAACUUUGAGGAGAAGCGCCAGCUGAUCGCCUCCUCGCUCUCCCUCUCCGACAUUCUGCACAGCAACAGCGGAGCCAACCAGCAGGCCAAGGAGGCGGCGGCGGCGGCAGCGGCGGGGCUGACGAUCAAUGGCAGUCAGUGUGCUAAGAAACAGAAUGGAGCUGCCAUACGCACAAACAGCCUCGGAUCGGGCACCCGCACUCCGCCCCUGGAGCGGAAGAGCAAAUUUAGCGCCCUGGGACGCUUCUUCAAGCCCUGGAAGUGGCGGCGGAAAAAGAAGAGCGAAAAGUUCGAAGCGGCCUCCAAAUCUUUGGAGCGCAAGAUUUCUGUACGUGCCAAUCGGGAUGAGCUGGUGCAAAAGGGGAUACUGCUGCCGGAGAGUCCGUUGGGGAAUAUACCGGAACCGGGCGAGGAGUCGUACUACAACAAUGGAGGAGGAGGAGGUGGAGCCACCGCCAAUGGCUCUUUACUCAGCACAGCCGUCCACAACAAUUCCAUGAAUCAGGCCAAUAAUUCCAUAAAUGCCACCACCUAUGGCACGGCAGGGAAUUCCCUAAUUUCCGCCAGCCAACAGCAACAGCAACAACAACAACAACAACAACAGCAGCAGCAUGGUCUUCCCAAUUCGAUUUCCGUGCAACAGUUCAACGGAGGUGCCGGCGGCCAGCCACAGAAUUCCAUGGCCAAUGGCUGCGUUAUUGGUGGUGGUGGUGGCGGAGGAGGUGCUGGAGGGGAUGGCUCUUCGGACACAUCCUCAUUGAGUGGCGGCGUGCCCCAUUCACAGUCGGCGCCACAGCAAUUGGGCGUGGGCCAGCAGCAGCAGCAGCAGCCGCCGCCAUUGACACCGCUGGCGCAGCAUCAUCAGGCGCUGGCACAGCAGCUGCAGCAGCGAUUCGCCAUCAGCAAUAAUAAUGAACCAAGAAAAGACAAGACUGAUGCACAACAACAACAACAACAACAGCAACAUGGUGGCAACGGCACAAUAUCCACGCCCAACAUCGAGCAGCCGCAAUGUCAGGGUUCCAUGCUACCGCCACCCGGUGGCGGCGGCGGCGGCGGUGGCGGAGGAGGAGGCGGUGGCGGCCAUCACCAGGUGGAUGGAAAAAUGGAGAGGCCCAACACAUUGGGCGGCGCCAAUAAGCUGACCCGCCGAGGAGUCAAUAUUUGCUACCACAACGAGCACAUGUAUGGCGACGAUGGCGGCAAGAUGGUAGGCGGUCCGCCGGGCAGCACACCGCCGCCGUAUGCGGGCGGCAAGCUGCCACCGGGGGUGAUGCUCAGCGAACUGCCAGAGCCGCCGAUACCGCUGUCGGAGAUCGGACCGAUCCCACCGCCGCCAAUGUUCUCCACGCCGAGCCCCACGCUCAUCGCUGGACGACCGCACGGGCCAGGCGCCAUACACGAUCAGGACUACCAGCAGGACUAUGACUAUGAUGAUCACGAUCCCGAUCAGGACGAACUCGAUUCGGAUGACGAGUAUGCCCCGUACGGCGGUGGCGGUGGCGGCGGCAAUCAUGUCCGCAUGAUGGACACCCAACGCGUUGAGGAAAUUCCAGCCAAAGAGCCAAAGCCAAAUGCAGUUCCUCUCAAAUCGGCCCUGAAGAAGAAGGGCGGCGCCCUGCCAGCCUCCGCCUCUACGCCCGUGACCCCCACCCAGGAGCACCAUCAUGGGGGCGGACCAGGCGGCGGCGGCGGCAGUGGCGGUGGCCAAAGUGCAGCCACAGCGGCGGCCAUAUCCAAUAGCAAUGGCGGCAUCGGCUCCAUGGCAGCAGCCGCCGCAGCAGCGGCCCAGCAAUCGGCCAGCCAGCGGCCUCUGGUGGUGCGCCAAGAUGCGGCAGGGAAUAACUAUUCGCUCAAGCCAAUACUACGACCACGGAUUAGAAUAUGCAGGCAGCAAAUGUUCAACAUCCAGUUGCCGUGCACCGUGGAGAACAAGGAGAACACUCGGCCCUCACAUGUGAUACGGGAGAGCAGCAGCGACAGCGACGAGAGCGAUGGGCAUAUCGUCUAUCGCGACGACGAUAACGAUAACGUGCGCUUGGCCAAGCUGGCACGCAAGGAGUCGCUGUCCUUGAAGCUGCAACUGCGGCCGGACAAACAGGAUCUGAUUAAUCGCAACAUCCUGCACCAGGUCACCGACAACGAGAUCAAGGAGUCCAAGGAGGCGAUCGGAGCGCGCCUCAUACGACGGCUUUCGAUGCGGCCCACUGCCGAAGAGCUGGUCGAGCGUAAUAUCUUGAAAACUCAAUCACCCGCCGAGGAGAAGAAACAAAAGGAGGAGAAAAAGUCGUAUCUGUUGCGGAAGCUCAGUUUUCGGCCCACCGUCGAGGAGCUCAAGGAGAAGAAGAUCAUCCGGUUCAAUGACUACAUCGAGGUGACGCAGGCCCACGACUACGAUCGCCGGGCGGACAAGCCAUGGACAAGACUGACGCCAAAGGACAAGGCCGCCAUACGCAAGGAGCUGAACGAGUUCAAGUCCUCCGAAAUGGCCGUCCACGAGGGCAGUCGGCAUUUGACGAGAUUCCAUAGGCCAUGACGAUUGCAAUGGCAGCAACUUUCCAGCAAAUUGCAACAGAAGCAACCCAAGAAGAAGCAACAAUUGUAUUUUAUGCAACAUCAAAAUGUCAGCAAAUAUUUAAAGGCAACAAAUUAAGAGCAGAAAACAGUUUUCCUCCCAGAUAGUAAAUUCAAGUAAAAUACACAAAGAAAAAACCAACAAAAAAAAAACAAAAAAAAAAAAUGGAAAGAAAAGAGAAACGAAAGAGAGUCCACAUUCAAGAACAUAAUCUAGGUUUGAGAGUUUUUUUUUCUAAUUCUAAGUUCUUUAUGUUUUGUUCCACCUACUUUUCUAUUUCUCUAUUUGUUAAUUAUAUUAAUUGUAAAUAAAUUUCGUUCGAUAUAUUCAAUCCGAUUUGUCAAGAAAACGUUAAUCAAAAUAGUACCGAUUUGUCGAUUCGUUGUGUAGAAAAAUGUUAAGUCGCUUUUGUCAGCGCCCAACCAUCGCGCUGAAGGCACAUUAUGUAUUAUAUUAUAUAAACAAAAAAAAAAGAAACAAAAACAAGAAAAGAAGAUGAAGAAGAAACAACAACACACAAAAAGAUAUUAAAAUUAAAAGUAAAAAAAAGGUAGAGUCCCAAACCAAUUGAUGGCUGAGAGUAAAUUCACUACAGUUUAGGCCUUAAUUUACAAUUACUGUUGCUUUCCAUACAUUUUUAAAUAAAACUUUGAUUUAAGCCACACACGAAAAGAUAAAAAGAUAACCCAGAAAUGAGAGAAUUCUAUACCAUUAAUUUUUAAAAACUAUGAUUAAUAUUAUUGUAAAAAGCUUAAAUUUAAAAACAAAAACAAAAAACGAAAAACAACACAUUAAAAUAUAGAGAAGACUACCACAUACGAUACGAUACGGAAAAAUAAAUGCAAGUUUUUCGAAAGACAUUCAUGUUUUGUAGGAUUAUUUUGUUUGUUUCCCUUCGUUUUAUUGCUGCCCCCCCUGUUUUCCCUUGAGUUUUCCUUCUGU